AUGGACGUCGAACGCAACUCUGAAUAUCAUCUACCGCCGGAUGAGGGGCCUUUUGAUGAGGAUGAACCGCUGCUAGAUGGUGAAGAAGAGCAGAAGACGGCCAGGAAAUAUUUUGUGAUGGGGACGGCAUUGAUAGUUACGAUUAUUCUGCUAUUCAUCUCCACCGUCGCUUUUGCAGCCCUGUAUUUCAAUUUGGUGAGAUUGGAUCAUGGCCGCCUGCCCCGAUGGCCUCGUCCCUCAAUGUCGGCGCUCGGAAAGUAUUCAUCAGCCGCCGUCGCAGCUGACAACGAGUAUUGCUCGGAAAUUGGAAGAAAUGCGAUGCUAGCUGGCGGAAAUGCCGUGGACGCGGCCGUGGCAGCCCUUUUCUGUGUCGGCAUCAUGGAUUCGCAUUCUAGCGGGCUGGGUGGAGGCCAUUUUAUGACAAUAUACAAUGCUGCCGAGGGGAAAUGCCAUGCCAUUGACGCGCGCGAGGUUGCGCCAAAGGCCGCCGAGGAGAAGAUGUACGUGGAUAAAUGGAUUGAGAGUCGAUAUGGUUGGAGAGCAGUCGCUGUUCCCGGAGAAUUACACGGAAUGUGGACGGCGUUCAAACAGUACGGAAGCGGAAAUGUAACCUGGAAAAGUCUGGUUGAGCCGACGAUCAACUUGUUGAAUGAGGGUUAUCCCACUUCGUCCGCACUCGCCGGCGCGUUGUGGGGAAUGGCGAAUCUGAUCGACCGCGAGCCGACGAUGCGCCCUUUUAUCAACCCGGCCACCGGAAAUGUGUAUCGAAAAGGAGAGCAAAUUAAAACGAGAACGGCUCUCCUGGAGACAAUGCGUACUCUGGCCAAUGCAGCAGAUCCCGUCAAAGCUUUCUACGAUAGCGAGAUGACCCAAAAGAUGGUCAACGAGUUUCAACGAAACGGCGGUCUCCUAACGCGUGAGGAUUUCCGCGAGUACAAAUCAAUCAUUCGCAAAGAUGGCGAAGUCAUUUCAAUGAGACUUUCAAAUGGGCGCUCAGUCUGCGGCCCGCCGCCGCCUUCGAGCAGCGCAGUCGCGAUGGGAAUCCUGAAUGUCAUGGAUGGCUAUGAGAAUAGAAUGCACUCCUUUGCGGACAUUUCUCUGCUGUAUCAUCGUUUUAUCGAGGCGUCAAAAUUCGCGUACGCCGAGCGCUCCUACCUGGGCGAUAUGGACUUUAACGGAGAUGCGAUGCAGGCGGCUCGGAAAUUGACGCAAAACGAAUGGGGAAACUGGGCGCGGGAACGAAUUGGGGAUAGGACGCAUCCGGAUGCGUACUAUGGCGGCAAUUUCACGGCUCCACCGCAGGAUCACGGAACGACGCAUAUUAGUGUGAUGGAUAGACAGGGGAAUGUCGUGUCCGUGACGUCGACCAUUAAUUUGUUUAUGGGCGCCGUGGUGGCGUCAGAAUCUUCAGGGAUCCUCUGGAAUGAUGAGAUGGACGAUUUUAGUACUCCAGGCCACCCGAACGCCUUCGGCUUCCCGCCAUCCCCAGCAAAUUACAUUCGCCCCGGUAAACGGCCUAUGAGCAGCCAGGCACCAAUCGUCAUUUACGACAAUAAUCAGCUACAUCGUGUGAUGGGCGUCGGCGCAGCUGGGGGAUCGACGAUUAUCACAGGAGUUGCAGGUGUUGCCCUGCAUGCUCUCUGGUUAGACGCCAAUGUGAAAGAAGCCGUCGACGCGCCAAGGCUACACAAUCAGCUCUACCCAAAUACGACGCAAUAUGAGGCCAAUUUUCCAAAGGCGUACGUCAAGGCGCUAGAAGCCCGCGGUCACAAAAUGGUCAAAGUGGCCAACCUGACCGUGGUGACAGCCGUCGAAAAAGGGCCCGACGGCCAGAUUUAUGCGAAUUCUGAUUUUAGGAAAGGCGAAGAAAGCCAACCGGCCGGUUUC